UUUAGCCGAUGGCGGCUGUCAACUCGCACGGAUCUCAGCGCUCGCACGCGCGGUACGCGACCGUACGCCGCGAGAUCCUCGUCGCCUCGCCCGGGCCGAAAAUAGCUGGCGCGCGCUGAACGCGCGUCGAACGCCGCGCGGCGACAGGAUUCACGAGAGCGCGGGCGACCGCACGGGCCCACCAGCCUCUUAUAUGACAGCGGGCAAGGAGACAAUGGGUGAACAACCAAUUUUCGUGUGCAAGGCACACGUGUUUCACAUCGAUCCCAAGACCAAGCGGUCUUGGGUGCCGGCGUCGUCGGCGGCAAUAUCGGUGUCGUUCUUUUACGACUCCACCAGGAGUUUAUACAGAAUAAUCUCGAUCGAGGGGACAAAGCCUGUCAUAAAUAGCACAAUUGUACCGAACAUGACUUUCACCAAGACGUCGCAGAAAUUCGGCCAGUGGUCGGACAUCAGGGCGAACACCGUGUACGGCUUGGGUUUCGCGUCCGAGGCUGAAUUAGUGAAGUUCGUCGAGAAGUUCCAAGAGGUGAAGGAGGCCACGAGGCUGGCCAGUGCCAAGCUGCAGUCCAACAGUUCGUCGGUGACGCCGGCCACCAGCGCGAACGUCAGCCCGAUCACGUCCAGAUCGGGCAUGCCGUCGUCGGAGCAGGACCUCAUAGACCCGCCGAAUUCCUCCAUGAUCAACUCCAACGUGUCGUCGAACAACCAGAAUCCGAAUGCCAAUAUGAUUUCCGCUCAGAACAGUGUAUCUUCGGUAAGCAGCAGUCCUUUACCUGGUAGUUGUCAGAAUAGAGUGGACGACGAAUUGAAAAACGCAGUCCAUUCAAGAUCACAGAGUAUUUCUCAGAGUACAGAAAGUCCGCAACAUCAAGGAAAGUCGGCGCAGUUGAGCUCAACGCAAGGUGGACAGUCGGCCGAGGUGCAGCUCAAGUAUGAGAACGACAGGCUAAAACUUGCUCUAGCCCAGAGUUCCGCCAACGCCAAGAAAUGGGAGGUUGAAUUGACUACCCUGAAAACCAACAAUGCCAGAUUAACGAGCGCGCUACAGGAGUCCACGGCUAACGUCGACGAGUGGAAAAGGCAGCUGCAAUUGUACAAAGAGGAAAAUGCCAAAAUAAAGCUCAAGUACGCCGACUUGGAAGCUGGUAAGAUCGCGGAAGGAAAUAGCGAGGCACUGAGAUUGAGAGUCGAGGCGCUGGAAAGCGAGCUGAGAACGCGAAACGAUGAAAUCAAAGCUCUCACCAUGGCCACCAAAAAUAAGGAUUUUGUGGCUCUGCAAAAGGAGAAUUCAGACCUCCGCGACAUGUUGAAUGUAGUUCAUGAACAAUUAGAACUUGCGUUGAGUGCAAAUAAAGUUCAAAAACAAAAUUUGGAUACGCUGAACGCCAGAUUAGCUGGCUACAUACAGGAUUUGGUAACUGUACAUCGAGAAAUCACAAAUACACUGCAAACCUAAGUUUGCACCGUAGGGGAAACCUAAGAGUGCCUCUCUUAGGUCUUUUGUAUUUACUGUAAGCGCGAUGUACGUUUGGGCGAUAUAGAUUAAUAACAAAGAGAAGUUCCGAGAAUACAAAAAAAAAUUGAAUGCGGAUUACUCGAGAAAAAUUAUAGGACACUGAGAUACUUGUCUCGAAAAAAAUAGUACACUACAGAAGAGAUUGCUCCCUGAACAUGUAUUUAAAUUGCAUCGAUCUUACCUGUUUAAAGCUUUUUUUUUUUAAGAAUAAGUUUCGUGCCAUAAUUAUGCUAUUGUUAUACAGAAUAGGACACUGACUUUACCAUCUGCUUUCUUUCCUUCUACACGUCUACACGGAGUAACAGAUAUAUGAUUUUAGAAAUUAUAAAUUCAGUCAAGUUUGCACUUCGAUUCUGUUUCUAGAAAUGUCGAGUGGUUUUCCUUCUUACUGAAAUUAAAAGGAGUUUUCCAUGCUAUUUUAAAACAGAAAGUUCCAGAGAAUUUGUAGAAAUCGACUUGAUGCCCACCACGAUAUGUUUUUUUCUGAAUGUUGCAUAGAACGUUUCUUACAUUAUCCGCAGUCUGCGAGACAUGAUAUGAAUAACUUUCCUCAUAAUAGUUAUAUUAUUAGACUCUCAUUCUCGAAAUCAUAGCAAUAACUAUUAAGUUUUUAUUAUGUAGACUUUAUUUUAGAUGUAGUAAUAAUAGUUAUAUCGGUUAUAAUUUGGUAGUACAUUCAUUAUCGUGUUUUUAUCUGUGUUAUAAUUCUCAAAAAUUGAGAAUUGAAAUCGUAUACAUAUUUAGCAAAAUGUGAAUACUAUUAAUGAAGAGCUGUUUCUCGACGAAUUCACAAGUGACUUAAUAGAAAAUUGAAUGGGAGUCUAGUGAUUUAAGGAAUACAAACUCAGACCAUGUCAUAUGUUGACCAGAUACUGAUAGAUACGGGUAAUAAGGGAGAUAUUUGCCAACACUAGGACACAUUUAAAUAAUUUAAAUGUUUCACACUACAAUAGAAAGUUUGUAGUGGUGUUUGUGAAACGUCGCUUCAGACAAGUACGGAGCUUAGAGCUUUCCGUUGUAUUAAACAAUGUCUAAAUUGUUUAAAUCUGCUCGAGUGUUGAUAUGCUUAGUCUCUCUAUGGAUCAUACAGGGUGUCUAAAAAAUAUACAGUCAAACUUAUACAUUGUUAAAGUGGUCGAGCAUGUGAAGAAAGUUUGUACUGAAUCUCUGUCCAAAAGUACUUUGUAUCAAUGAAUUAACAGGAGACUGAUAGUUCCCUGGUCUGCAAAACUGCUCUCGUCGCUUUCACAAUUCUUCAGACAUGUCGCUAAUUCAGAUGCACGCGUACGUCAGUUAUUAUUUAUACUUCCGCGUGACGGUGAUCACCUUUAUUUAAGUGAGGCACAUUACGAAGCUCCAAUAAACUUUUAUAAACUAUAGCAGACAAAUAAAGUGCUUGUAUAUAUAAAUAGAAAAGAAAUAUGGACAAUAAGAGAAAUCAAUUUCAAGCAAUUUAUAUAUAAGGAACGAAGGAACGAAUGUUAUAUUAAUACCUUUUAUAUUUCUUUUAUCUUAGUAAUUACUUUUUCUAAUCUACUUUAGAUUAAAUUUACUUUUUCAUAAUGAUACGAUAGUAUCUUUGUGUUACUUUUUUACUUUUCUACUACAAUUUCAAAUUUAGAACAAUUUUAGAUGUAAGACGACACUGACAAAUACGAAAUUUUCGCAAUUUUUAGAAAAUGUUUGCAUAGCGUAGAACUAAGUAACAACGUCUUCUCUGGAAUGCCAUUUAAGAAUCAUUGCUUCGCAAUAUGUGCACAAGACGACGUUCGAAUUUUAUUAUAACGCUAAUCAUGAGUCUGAGAUUGACGAUGUGCGUAACACAUUUACCACAUUGGUACAUGAAACAGCAUGUGUCUGUGAUAAUUUGUAUCUUGAUACACUACGUUUUUUCAUACGUCUUUGCUCUGAAUUAAACAUUUAUUUUGCGCUUUUCCUCUUUGUCAAAUUCGGGUGAAUUACAUCUUGUGUGGAAACAAAUUAAUCAAUUUUCCACAACAUGCUAACGCUUGCUGGUAUGAUCUUUUUAUGAAACAUUUUGUGUACAUACAGCUUUUUCUGUCUCAUGUUAGAUGGAGGAUAUUUCAGAUGGUAAAGUUAGGCGUGUCCCACUCUGUAAAAGAUGCAUACAAUUAUUGUUGAAUUUGUCGUAUUCGAGCACCAGUCUUAUGUAUAAAAAUACAGUAGAACGACGACUGUCCCAAGUGCGUGUUUGUGAGAGAGAGAUGUUUUCAUAAGAGCGUUCCUGCGAAUAAUCCCAUCUGAAUGAGAGAAAGCACAAGAAAGAAAAUAUUCUUCCAGCAAAAGACUAAGAUAUCCGAUGUCAGAAUGACAAAUAUAAUACUGCUUCCCUGAACGCAUUAUCUAAAUAUUAAAGUACGCAUCCUCCGCCUCUCACAACUACUGCGUUUUCAAAUGCUAGCAUAUAGUAUAUAUAUAUAUAUAGAGAGAGAGAGAGAGAAAGAGAGAAAAUAAUUUCAGGUUUCACGCGCGUUUCCUCUCAAUUGCAAAUUCUCUGACCUGGGCGACCGGUCAAAGAAUCCGUAGAUAAAAGUAAAUGCAGUGAAUCUGAAACGUUUUGUACAUACGUUUAUUUCAAUUUUUGAAUCCUGCAGUACUCGUGCACCAUACCCCAUCGUAAAAUUUAUCAUCCAUGCUCGCUUAUCAAUGCAAUCGCGUUAAUUUUGCAUCAAAUCGGAAUCGCAUUUGACGCUAGACUGUAAUAUAUUUUAAUUACAAAGAUAUUUGUUGUAACUCACAUCAAGCUUGAGAUUAUGACAGUACUGAAGGGUUUAAAGCAAUGUUAUAUUUAUCGACGGAAUUAUACAUAAUCUUGUUGUUAGAGAGAGAAUUUAUGUUUUUAAGGAAUUAUACAUAUAUUUCUAAGUUUAUAUUAAAUUACUUUAUGAUAUUAUAAGAUUCUUCGCUGGACUCUUUUUGUUAUCCUUAUACUUUGUAUUUAAUAUGUACAUCUAUAUUUAAUGUUUUCCUUUUGGGAUAAUCGUUACUCAUAAUUCUCGCGUUAAUUUAUACUCUCGGAUAAUCGACGUUUUACUGUACGACGUAGGGAUAGUUUAAUUUUCCAUGACAUGUACCGAAACUAAAUAAUUGCUGCAUGAACGCGCGUAUUUAUAAUUAAGUGAUUAAUAUAUACACUUGUGUAUUGAGCCCAUCGGAGAAAAUGUGUAGUGAUUUUAUGUCGCGUCUUGGCCAUUAGAUUUAUAUACUCUUUUUGCAGCUCGUUUGUUUUAUAUAGAAAUUUAUGUCAAAUGCAUGUUUGUUAUAUUUUUUAUUGUGCGAUUAUCGGAACGCGUACAAUUAUUAUUGUUGUUGGCUGAAAGAGCAUUACUAUUGUCACCGCUAUUGCCGCUACUUCUACUACUGCGAUCAUGAUACUAUUAUUAAGUCACUCUCUUAAUCUACUGUUACUAUCGCUCAAAUCUUCUCUGUACACACCUAUUAUUGAUAUCUUCAUUAUGUAUUAUUGCGAGUGGCAUUGUCGUUAGAGAUAUUUUAAUUACCGGUAUUGCAAAUAUAUUGUAUUAAUUGCGCCUGCAAAAAUGUUUAAUAGUUAGAUACAUAAAACAUAUCAAGAACGUCACACGAUUAGCAUAAUAUACGUUUCUCGAAUUUUCUUCCUAUUCUUUCUUAUUUUUACUCUUAUAUAACAGAUCACAGUUACCCGUGAAUAUAUAAUUGACAACGUCUACGCAUUUAAUGUUAAUGAUAUUUAGUAAAAUCCCGAUUAUAUAGUGAAAUUAAUUAAUUUUAUUAUAUAUUAUAUUUGUAUUCUUCUUGCACACAGUUCUCUUUAUUAUCAUUGAUUUAUGGGGACCUAGAAUGUCUGAUACGCACUGUAUAGAACCGUUAAUAAUAAACGGUUUUGAUUGUACAAGGUGGUUACUGACGAUGCACAAUCGGAUAAGUUGACCUGAAAAAAAUUAAUACAAAAGGCAAAAUAAAAUUUUUCUGCACGAAGCAAAGCUUUUUAAUCUGAAAAUUGGGAAAUUCGUAGUAUUUCUUCUGCCUUAAACUUGCCUUUCUUUAAAUUGAAAAGAUGCUGAAUCUAUUUGUUCAUAUUUUAACUGCGUCCGGAAAAUAAUAAAAAGAAUUAAAAAGAACGAAUUAAAAAAUUUACAAGAGCUUAGUUACGAACGUAUAAAAUUUGAGGAUUACAAGAUCACUUUGUAUUUUUGUCACAGGAAAACCUACUUUAAGUCCGUCAAUAUUGCAAUCACGAUUGCAUUUCGCACAACACCUUGUACAGUCAAAAGCUAGAUGAUAAGUAAGAUACGAUCGUACGUGUAUGAUUUGAAAAUGUGUGUAAAAUGAUUUGCUACGCACAACCCGGAAUCGUCAAUUCAAUAUCUGUUCUGACGAAGGUGUAUGAAACGAUGUAUUUGACACGAAGGCUUUUCAGUACUGUAUAUUAAAUUUUUCUUUUUAUAAAUCCUUAUACGGUAUGUUGAAAAUAUACAUUUUACUGUUAAGACGAUGUAUCAUAUUCUGCAAAAUGUGAGACAUUCAUUAUCAGGAUAUUAUUCAUGGUUACGGAUGAUUGCAGCAUUCAGCGUCCUUCGCUGUACUACAAUUGUAUAGCACGGAAACGAUUCGCACAAGGAAUCUAAACGAAAUCUCUCAAAGUGGCAUAGGUGAUGAACCUAGACAAAUUUUAGUAAAUAAUUUAGAGAAUAAGGCAGGUGCAAGGUGUGCUGGGGAAUGCACUUUUUAUCGGUAAAGUGUUGAGACGGAAUUUUAAUUUAGAGGAAUUGGAAACGGAAGCCUCGCUUGCCAUAUGUAAUCUUAAUAAAACCUUUUCAGACGGC